AUGCCGGGCCGGGCGGAGCCGUCGGGGGCACGCGCGGCGGCGGGGCCGGUGGCGGUGCCCGUGCCGGUGACGCCGGGCGCGGCGGCGCGGCCGGGAGGCGCGGGGCUGCGGGCCAAGGGCUUCGCCAUCACCGACCUGCUGGGGCUGGAAGCCGAGCUGCAGCCGCCCCCGGCCCCCCGGCCGCCACCCGGUGGCUACGAGGGCGGCGGGGCGCUGGGGCUGGGGCUGGGGCUGCUGUGCAGCCUGGGCGCGCCGGGCGCCCCGUGCCUGCUGCCCGCCCCGCUGCCGCUCCUGCCCGCCCGCGGCCCCCGCCCGCCGCCAGGGCCGCCUCCCGCCGGCCGCCGCCACAAGGAGAACAUCUCCGAUGAGGACAGCCUGUCUGGGGACGCCAGCGAGCUGAAGAUGUCCAGCUCCCAGAUCAAGAGGAAGAAACGCCGGCACAGGACCGUAUUCACAGCUCACCAGCUGGAGGAGCUGGAGAAGGCUUUCAAUGAAGCGCACUACCCCGAUGUCUAUGCCCGGGAGAUGCUGGCUGUGAAGACGGAGCUGCCGGAGGACAGGAUACAGGUUUGGUUUCAGAACCGAAGAGCCAAGUGGCGGAAGCGGGAGAAGUGCUGGGGCCGGAGCAGCGUGAUGGCCGAGUACGGCCUGUACGGCGCCAUGGUGCGGCACUCCAUCCCCCUGCCCGAGUCCAUCCUCAACUCCGCCAAGAGCGGCCUGGUGGGAUCCUGCGCCCCGUGGCUGCUGGGUAUGCACAAAAAGUCCAUGGAGGUAAGCAGGAAGGCAGAGAGCCAAGAGAAGCUGGCAGAUGGCUGGCGAGUGGAGCAGGAGGAGGAGGAGGAACUCAAAGGGACGCAGGCCAGCUCCCAGAAGGGCUCUGAGAAGCUUGGGCCUGCAAAAGACUCGGAGGACACAGCCAUCGACCUCUCCAGGACAGCCAAGCACGAGAAGAGGGGUGUGCUGAGGCAGUACAUCAACGGGGACCCCCCCACGGAGCAGAAGGACAGGGACCACUGA